UUGUAUAAACUUUUAUCUCAGACUCUACCCGCAGCGGCUUUCGCCUAUAUCGUCACCAAUCUACCUCACGACCAUCUCUUGACCAUCACAUGCUUUUCUAUUUGUUCUUUGGCAAGUGUGAUUAUUUCUGCUUACUUGCGAUUUUCCGCUCCUGAACAUGUCGCUAAUAGCGGAAAUACUCUACGCUCCAAAUAUCAGACUAAGGAAAACAGCAAAACUAUGAUUAUUUAUUUUUCCCUUUCACUCAAUGAAUUAGUGACAGGAGUAAUAAUGGUUGGUCUUAUCUAUUUUGUCUACAAAAAUGAUGAAGCAGUUGAAAUAAAAAACAUCAGUUAUGCUGCCGAAAUGCUCGAUCUGGUCACCGCUUAUCGGGUUUUGAUGAUCAACGUAGCCUUGAUGUAUUAUUGGUCCAAAGAGAAAAAGGCACGUAAAGUGAAGAAUAUAACAAGCCCCAACGCUGAAGAUCAUUUCAAGGCCAUGAAAGAGAUGUGGAAGUAA